GCAGGAGUCGAUUUAUUUCGCAAUGGUUUAUCUAAAGACCUUCACGGUGGUUCUUCUCUUGGCCCUGGCAACAGCGUCGUCAGCACAACGAAGUUCCAGUCGGCCAAGAAGCAGUCAGAACGAACGAAGUCGCAAUAAUAACCCCGACCCGUCGUCAUCGUCGUUCCCAGUCGUCGACACGUCGAUCGCCGGCGGCACUGGCACCGCAGUGGCCGCCACCGCCGUCGGCACGGGCCAAGGCCGCGUCGACACCAACAGCAUUCAGCAACAGUUCCUCUUCCGGGGCGGCCAAGUCGGUGGAAACGGCGUCCGGCGACGUCAACAACUCGGAAGACGCGAGCAACAAUUGGUCAGCGGCGCCGGGUCGGGUUCGGGCUCGGGUUCCGGGGUCGGGUCUGGAUCCGGAUCUGGUUCAGGGAUCAACCCAAAGAGAAUGAUCGCCUUCAGGUCAUUUGGAGGUGGACGCCGUCGGCCGCAAUCAGAACGGCUGUCUUCUUCCAGGGGCUCAGAAUCCAGAAGACGCGAGCUCAAUGGUUUCAACCCUGUUGGCAAUGGGUUCCAAGCCCAUUUCAAAAUGCCCCCUGCCAACAUUAGAGGGCAAGGCAUUGAGCCAUUGAGUGAAGACCAAGAUGACAUUUCCACAUCAGUCUUGCCAUAA